ACGCAAGGGGAGAAAUGUCCUUCUGAUUGGUUACGGCUCAUUCUAUCUCGGGAGCGGGCCUUUUGGAGGAAACCGGAAGCGAAGACUCUAAAGGAGGUGAAUGAAGAAUGGAGCACAAUAUGAGCAGAAUCCAUAUGGUUUCUGAACCCAGUAUAAUUUAUUUUCUACAAGUAUCUUGGGAAAAAGAUCUAGGUUCUGGUUUUGUCAUAACUCUUACAGACGGUCAGUCAGCAUGGAAUGGAACAGUGACUGCAUCUGAGAUUUCCAAGGAAGCUGAUGACAUGGCAAUGGAAAGAGACAAAUAUGUUGAUGAACUGAGAAAAGCAUUGGUGCUGAGAACAGAACCAGCUAAUGUGUACAAAUUUGAUUUUUCAAAAGAGAACUGCCAUUUCUCAUAUGAAAAAAGCCUGAAAGAUGUUUCUUUUAUACUUGGAUCACUGAACCUGCAGAAGGUCUCAAGCCCAGCUGAAGUCAUCCAAGAACUGAUGAGCUAUUGCCUAGACUGUAUGGCUGACCAGCUCGCCAAGAACAGACACCUGCAGAGAGAGAAUGAGAUGCUUCAGAGGGACUGGAGCGAUGUCCAAAAACGUCUUGAAGAAUGUGUGACUGCUAAAGAAAAUCUGGAGGCAGACCUUUAUAAGCGUUUUGUUCUGGUUCUGAAUGAGAAGAAAGCAAAGAUUAGAAGCUUACAGAAAUUGUUAAAACAAGCCCAGCAACCAGAAAAGGAUACACAAGAUGAAAGGGAAUCUGUAGAUGAUACCCAAAGCCAAAAGAAAAGAGAAGCAGUCUAUGAUGAAAGUACUGAUGAAGAAAGUGAAAAUUUACCUGUUCCUUCUAAAGCAGUUCCAGUGACACGAAACUGGAAACUGAGUGGAUGCCCAUCAGUUGGAGAGUGGCUGAAUAAGUUAUGGUGUAUGGAUAUUAUAGAAUAUUAUUAUUCUGAUCAGCAGGACAAUUUCAGAGACACCUAGAGAUACUUACAUGAACUGAUGCUAAAUGAAGUGAGCAAAAGCAAGAGAAAAUUGUACACAGCAACAGCAAAAUUAUACAACGAUCAAUUCUGAUGGACGUGACUCUCUUCAAUAGUGAGAUGAUUCAGGCCAGUUCCAAUGGUCUUGUGAUGAAGAGAGCCAUCUGCAUCCAGAAAGAGGACUGUGGCAACUGAAUGUGGAUCACGACAUAGUAUAUAAUCCUUGCUGUUUAAUCAAUAUUUAUUAACUCAACUUUUUUUCUCUCUGUCUCUAACUUUCUUAUUUGUGUUAUUAAAAGUGCCUGUGUAAAUGUUUCUUGCUGAGUUAUCUGACAACUAUUAUUUGAAAAUAAUAUACUUUUUUGUACAGACUUAAAAUGUUCCCUAUAGGAAUAUUUUUAAAUGCUAACUUUAAUAUGUAAGUCCCAGAUUUACCCUUAAAUGAAUAUAUUGUUGAUCUUCUUAUGCUUUUUUAUGUUGUGUUUGCUUGCAUUUUAUUUUCUUUCUCAUAUUUUUUCUUUUUGAUCUGAUUUUUCUUGUGCAGUAUGAUAUUUAUGGAAAAUGUGUAUAGAAGAAUUGCACAUGUUAAACAUAUAUCGGAUUAUUUGCCAUCUAGGGGAGUUGGGGAAAAGGGAGGGAAAAAAUUUGGAACAUGAAAUUUUGCAAAGGUGAAUGUUGAAAAUUAUCCAUGUAUAUAUUUUCUUUUUUUCUUUUUGUCUUUUUUUAUGUUAAACAUGGUAGAAAUAUAUGUUAAAUCCAAUAUAUACAUACAUAUUUAUAUAAUUAUCUUGCCACACCAGAAAAAUAAAAUCAACCAGAAAAAAAUGAGAAAAAAAGAAUGAAAAUUCUAUGUUGUGAACCACACUCAGUUCUCAGAGUCCUCUCUCUGGGUGUAGAUAACUCUCUUUGUCACUAAACCAUUGGAACUAGAAUCAGUCAUAUCAUUGUUGAAGAGAGCCACGUCCAUCAGAAUUGAUAAUCGUAUAAUCUUGUUGUUGCCGUGUAUAAUGAUCUCCUGGUUCUGCUCAUUUCACUUAGCAUCAUUUCAUGUAAAUCUCCCUAGACCUCUCUGAAAUCAUCCUCCUGAUCAUUUCUUACAGAAUAAUAAUAUGCCAUAACAAUUCAUAUGCCAUAACUUAUUCAGCCAUUCUCCAAUUAAUGGGUAUUCUUUCCUUCCUUUAAGAUCUAUUAGGGAUAUAGCUCCAAACACUGCUGGACCAAAGGGUGUGCAUAGUUUAAUAGGUCUUUGCAUAUAGUUCCAUAUCGCUAUCCAGAAUGGUUGGACAAUUCCACUAACAAUGUAUCAGUAUCCCAGUUUUCCCACAUCUCCUCCAACAUUCAUCUUUAUCUUUUCCUGUCAUCUUAGCCAACCUGAGAGAUAUGUAGUGGUAUCUCAGGGUUGUCUUAAUUUAUCCAUGCAUAUGUUUUGAAAAUAAGCUUUAAUUUAAAAAUAAAUCAAUAAAAUUGUCCCUUUUAUCUUUCUUAAGUUUAGUUGAACAUUCCCUUGAUGAACAAUGACUGACAGUAGGUUUGAUACUUCCCGGAAGUGUUUUGGUUUUCAUCUAAUAUUUCCAUUGGAGCAGCAUUCCUUGCUGUUUAAUCAAUAUUUAUUAACUCAACUUUUUUUCUCUCUGUCUCUAACUUUCUUAUUUGUGUUAUUAAAAGUGCCUGUGUAAAUGUUUCUUGCUGAGUUAUCUGACAACUAUUAUUUGAAAAUAAUAUACUUUUUUGUACAGACUUAAAAUGUUCCCUAUAGGAAUAUUUUUAAAUGCUAACUUUAAUAUGUAAGUCCCAGAUUUACCCUUAAAUGAAUAUAUUGUUGAUCUUCUUAUGCUUAGCCUAUUCAUUUAUAUGCAAAAAAUCUAGCAAAUUAUUUUUUCUGUAAGUCAACAUAUAAACACACUACUUCAAAUUUUAAUGUUUUUUUCUUAUGUUUGAAUUUAUCUAUGAAAUAUAUGAAACUUAUUUUUAUUUAACUAAGAAAUACUAAAGACAAAAAAGUUAUAAAAAAAGAAGGAAAAAAAGAAAAAAUUGAUAAAUAGUUCAUUUCAAAAAUCAUGAUGUCCUAAUAGUAUUUGCCUUUCCAAAAAUAUCCAAAAUCAUAAAAUUAUUACUUUUUUAUUAUAAGCAAAAUGUUAUAUGGUAUUUAUUUAUAAAAAUCUGCUUUUUAAAAAAUGUCUUCCCAAAAAGCAGUAUGAAGAAUCUGUCACCUGUACCAGACUGUCUCUUCUUGAAGCGUGACAGAACAAUAAGAGAGAUAGUGCCUUACUUAUUAUAGGAAUUCUAGUGAAGGCAGGUGUCUUUAUAUAUGAUACUAAUCAUUUUUUAAGAGGAAAAAACAGACAUCAGGGAGUAAUCCCUAUGGCAGUCAGGAGAUUAAAGUGUCAGGAGAUAGAUUUUUCUCUUACAAAUCAUUCUGGAUUGCAUUUCAUUAUAGUGAUGGAAAAUCUAUGACAAUUCUUUGGCUCUAUCAUCUCACACCUAGCCACCAAACCUGUAGAAAAGCUGAUGGAAUAAUGACACUGAUGAUUCACUUUUAUAUAAGUUUAUAAAGCAGUUUUCUCAGUAUUGCAGUUUAUCAACCAAUCAAUAUUUAUUAAGCCUCUAUUCAGGAACU